CACGGCUCAAGUUUAGAUGAGCGGUUGACAGUCACCUCUUUGCCGCAGGGAAAAGCGUGGCAAAGUCUGGGUUGAGCUCGAUGCCUUCCGGCGACACCGAGCCGCUCAUGAAGGCUUCUGGUAAUUUGGCUCCUGCUACCAGCCAGGACAUGCCGAGCGCUAUUUGCACAGUUCAUGCAGCCUUCUGGCUGACGGUCGUCGCGGGUAUUGCAGUCGCCAUUGUUGACAUUGUUGUGAUGAAGACGAUUUGGGCCAUGAUUGUGGCGUUGUGCGCGCCGCUAAUUUUUGUUGUCAUUUUCGGAAUUCUCGUCCUCUUACCUCCCCGUUGUGGUUGCAUUGGAUUUUCUGGAAGCUUACAGAUCAGCUUGAUACAACAUCCUGAUUAUGUCUUCACCCGUUUGACUAUGCCGAUCUUCAACUUCAUGCAAGGCAUGGAGCUGUGCGACAACGCCUUUUGUCAGCGUGCGAGGGCCUCGGUGGGGAAGAAUUAUGUCUACGCUGGGAUGGUGUCAAUCAGCGAGUGGCAGAUAGUCAAGAAGACGCUGACGAGCGGCCAAGCCAGAACUACCUACCUGGGCGCGCAGCCUCUGGCGAAUACUCCCAAAGUUGACCGCUCUGUCUUUCUGCUCGAACUGCAGAAUCUGGACAAAGAUGACAACCAUGACGGGUUUCGUGAUUGUUUCUAUCACUACAUGUUCAGAGAGGGCUUUCAGGAGCGAGUAGAUUCCGCCAAUUCCAAGAAGCUCUGGGAACAGCUGGCCGAGGAUUAUAAGACUAUGCCCCAUGGCGUUGGCGACUUGUUUUUCACAGAAAAUGACAAAGGUCUUCGAGGAUUCUUGAUUAAGUACUUUUUCUACGUAAUGCUGGACAUUGAUGCCAACGACCCGGAGGUCAUGAAGACAUUGGUAAAGCUCAUGGGGGGUGAUACUGCGAUCGCCCUUGCAUACCUCUGGCCAUUCGCGGGGCACAAUCAGAGUGCCAUCAAAGCAGUGGACGACCUGAUUUUCGGCAGCUCCGUGAUGGGAAAGUUCAAGGAAGGUGAAGAGAAGUUCAAGAAGAUGACGAAGCUUGAGCUGACAAGGCUCUCAACGUGCAUCUUUAGACUGGCAGCUGUAACUGGCACACUGCAGUUGGCGAAGACCAUCACAGGAGGCUUGUCAAUGCCUCCCUUCGAGGACAUGGACAAGAUUGACGUGGCUGCAGAGUGGGAUAAGCUGGACCUCGGGGAUGAUUCCGCGUUGGAAAACUUCAUUCUGGAGGUGGGACGGCUUUUCCCUCCAGUCAGCUCGGUGCACCACAUCGCAACAGAGCCAUUUUCUGUCACGAUACAAGGCAAGACGGUGGACUUUCCGACUGGGACCAAGAUCUUGGUCCCCACGAACCUGGCCAUGACUGACAAGGAAGUCUGGGGCGUCGAUGCCUUCAAGUUCAACCCCAAUCGACCCGGCCUGCAGGAAAACAGCAUGGUGUUUGCCAAUGUCGGGCCGCUUGGUUCACGAGUUUGCCCAGGCAUGCGGAUAGCAAUGGACACCUGCAUGGGUGUCCUUUCAGUCCUGGGAAAGAUCCGAAGAGGCAGCUGAUGCGCGAAUUUGUGGCAUGGAGUUCUGGGAGCUGGAGCCAUCGGUGCCAAAGUGAACCCUGGCAUGCUGGUCUCACACAUGCCCGUUGCGUCACUCGCCAGACGUCGGGGAAAUGGCUGGCUUGGCUGCUCCUUUAAAAUCGAGGACGCAGACCAUGUCCAACUGUUUAAGCUUCAAGCGUUGUGUGAAUAGCAUUCAAAGCGGCGACUGUAGUUGUCACUUCGAACCAGACGCUUUGGACAAAUGUUUCUGCGUCAUAUCGCCGUGGACGUUAAGUUGGCCAAUGCCGUGUCACAGGUUUCCUCAACACUCUGAUGAAGGCUCUCACUGGCA